AUGAUAGACCAGGGCAGUUGUGUAGAAGUCAUGUAUCCUGACUUGUACAGAGGACUAAACUUAAAACCUGAAGACCUGACAACCUACGAUUCACCUCUGAAGGUGAAGUAUCCGUUAGGAGAUCGGAUUGAGGAGCUGGCAGGGAACCAAUCCAUGGCUAGGCAGUGCCUUCUGUCUGCAAUUUUGCAUCAGCCAGCAGCUAAGUCCUUGGCUCGGUUAAGGAAGGAGAAAGAGGAGUUAGUGAUAUUUCUCAAGAGGAAUGUUGAUGUAUUCGCUUGGAAUGCUUACAAAGUUCCGGGGAUGGAUUUGAGCUUCAUUUGCCACCAUUUGAAUGUCAGUCCAUCUUUCACCCCCAGGAAGCAACCACCUCGGCACUCAUCCAAGGAACACUCUGAUGCUAUCAAGGACGAGGUGAUGAAACUUAAGCAGGCUGGGGCUAUUAAAGAGAGGAUGAUAACCAGGAUGUUUGAGCUACAGUUAGGAAAAAACAUUGAAAUUUAUAUCGAUGAUAUGAUGGUAAAGAGCAAGGUAGAGUCCGAGCAUGUAAAUGACCUCAGAAAUAUCUUUGAUAUCUUGAGGAAACAUAAGCUACAACUUAAUGCUUCCAAGUAUUCUUUUGGCAUCGGAUCUGAGAAGUUCUUGGGCUACAUGGUCACACACCGCGAGAUAGAAGUCAACCCCGACCAGAUUAAGUGGAAGGGGUUUGAAUGGACUGAAGAGUGUGUAUUGGCUCUCCAGCAGUUGAAAGAGUAUUUGUCUCGGCCACCCAUCAUGUCAAGACUCAAGGUGGAUAAGGUUUUGUUUGCUUAUAUCAUGGUGGCCUCCCUCAUAGUGAGCUUGGUGCUAGUACGAGUUGAUAGUGGUGUUCAGAGGCCAGUCUAUUACGUGAGCAAGUCACUACAUGAAGCCAAGCUCCCGCUCAGAUUCCUACUUCGGAGUGUUGACUACAUAGUGAGAAUUACAAAAUGGGGCACGAUCCUAGAGGCUUUCGAUAUCAAAUAUAUGCCUCGCACCUCUGUCAAGGGUCAGGUCCUCGCUGACCUGGUGACUGAGUUUGCCGAGACCCCAUUAGUAGAUAGAUUAGAGGAGCAAAACAUGGAUGGAAAAUCGGUUGGUAUAAUCUCCUUGCAAGAGCCUUUAUCCCGGAAGGUCUACAUUAAUAGUGCAGCUAAUCAUAGAGGAUCUGGGGUGGAGCUAGUUCUAGUAUCCCCGAAAAAGAUCACAAUUGAGAAAUCCUUGAAACUGGGAUCCUCAGCCACAAACAAUGAGGCUGAAUACGAAGCUCUGUUGGUAGGGAUGACUAUGGUUCAAAAAAUGGGUGGAAAAGCAAUGGAGAUAUUCUCUGACUCAAGGUUGGUUGUAGGCCAAGUCCAGGGAGAACUGGAAGCAAGAGAUCCUAGAAUGCAGGAAUAUUUGAACCAAGUUAGACACUUACAACCUAAAUUUGAAUCUUUUAUUUUAUCACAAGUUCCUAGAAGUAGAAAUACACAUGCGGACUCUCUUGCCACAUUGGCAACCUCCUCGGCACAUAGCUUACCUCGGGUAAUCCUUGUGGAGGACUUAUGCAAACCCUCCGAAGCGAAAAGGAAUGUGGUUCAUGUUCACCAAAUAAGGGUGGGGCCUAGCUGGAUAGACCUUAUUGUGCUAUUCCUUAAGAACGAUGUUCUUCCUGAGAGUAAGUUCGAAGCCGACAAGAUACAGAGCGAAGCUCCUCAAUUUUGGCUAUCCGAGAACCAAAAGUUGUACAAAAGAUCCUUCUUUGGCCCGUACCUACUAUGCGUACACCCUGAAGUAAUUGAGUUGCUCCUAGAAGAAUUACAUGAAGGGAUUUGUGGAAGCCACACGGGGGGCAGAUCUUUAUCUCAUAGGGCCCUCACACAAGGUUAUUGGUGGCCAAAUAUGCAGAAAGGAGCACAGGAAUAUGUGAAGAAGUGCGACCAAUAUUAA